AUGAGACCAAGAGAUUCAAACGCGCGGCGCGCCCGGCCGACGGAAAGCGCCAGACCCCUCCCUAGCGGUCCACGGCGGCGACUUGGGCAUCUGCGAGCGCGCAGUGUGCGGGCGCGCGGCGACUUGCUGGUUCACCUGAGCUGCUUGCUGUUCAUUCGUCAACUGGCGGAAGAGUCCAGGACAAAUGCUUAUGAGAAUAAAUGUAGUAUCAUCAACAAGGACCAUGUAGUGGAUGCAGCGAAGGUAAUCCUAAAGAAGUGCAGAGGUUAGAAGUCAACAGUUUCGAAAAUUAUAUAUUUCAAGGAGUGAUAGGUCAUAAAAGCACAUUUUUGUAUCAUUUUAUGUUGUUGUUUAUUAAAACAUUGACUCUGU